AAGGAGGAAAGUGUCGAGGUGACGAAUGUGAUUGUCGAAGAACUGGAAGGAUUGCGAAAGACUACAAGAGAAACCCAUCACUCAGAUGGGACAACCACAAUCACAACGACCAUUGAAGAAUACGACAAUGCUAACGGCAAUCCUUCCUCGACGGAUGCUCGCGUGCCAGAUCCAACAUCCACAACAUCCGGCGGGCUCCCAUCCUCGGACUACAUUUCCACUUCUCUUAGUUGGGAUUCUCGUGCCAGCUUGGAGCAGUUUGAGACUGUGGAAAUGGACUAUGCCUCCAUCGUCGAGACUUCAUCGAGUGGUAGAGACAAUUCCACCACUAAAACUUCGCCUCGCGACAUGCGAAAUGCCACAAAGUGUUGUUUGGUUCAGCAAACAGCCAUGUCAAUCCUCCAGGAAAUGCAUGAGGAGGACGAAGCCCAAAAAAGGCAGCAACAGGUGGCGAAGCAGCCCCCGCUUGUGCGGUCGCGAAUUGCCUUGGCACAAUCCAGGGCAUCCCCGAGUAUGAACCGGAGCAACAAGACCACUUCUUCCACGAACAACACGAUGGAACCUUCCCAUUCCGUUUCGACGUCGGAACCACCCUUGACGUUCAAAGCGGACGAGUCUACACCUUCCAAGAAAACCAUAUUGACGACCCGGGGUGGCCGUGUCUACCCCCGAAGUACCACUAGCUCCGACGCUGUGGGUCUGAACGACCCUGACGACGAUACCAUCGACGACGACUUUUUCGCGGCAUCCAAGUUCAGCUCCAAAGUAUCCACUGCCUGUCACAGUACUAGCGAAGAUGAUGGUAUCACAUUCAAUACGGGUGAAUAUGCGGUCAAUAAUGACAGCGUCAAAGUGGCGUAUCAGGGCCGAAAGAAGAAGCGUUCGGACCCUUAA